CUUCCUCUGACUUUGUUGCCACGCGAAUUCUCGUACGCGGUUGUUUGAAGACCCCUUAUCACACUCCAGAUGUCUUCUCCUUACUAUAUUCCUGCUCUUAAUGCCGCUUUGUCGUAUCUCCGCAAGCCCCCGUUAGAGACUAUGCCAAACACCCAGGGUAAUCUUUUACCCUAUGAGUACGAAAUGCUAAAUCCUGGCUACUUCCGCUUGAUCUCCCUACAGCCGGGACAUGUUGAUGAACCACUUGUCGCAUCCGUCUCCCACGCACCUCUACUCGCUGAGCCACCAACGCCCUAUUACGAAGCACUCUCCUACACAUGGGGUGGACUGGAGUUUGAAAACAUCCUCAGAAUCCAGGGCAAAGGGAUCUUAAGAAUAGGACGAACUCUCCACGACGCUCUAAGGAGGCUAAGAUAUCCUGAUCGAUCAAGAAGUCUGUGGGCAGAUGCUGUCUGUAUCAAUCAGCAAGAUAACAGCGAGAAAAACCAUCAGGUCGCGCUCAUGACACAGAUUUACAAUAGAGCAGACAAGGUACUCGUGCAUCUAGGCGAGGAAGACGAAACAUCUGAUCUAGCAAUGGAAUGCAUUGAAGACUUUGAGCGCACAGUUAGCGACGAGGACGCUCGCAUCGUAGGAAAACUUCUCGAGCGUCCAUGGUUUAGCAGAAUCUGGGUAGUACAGGAGGUCGCACGAGCUCGGGUAGCCGUGGUCAUUUGUGGUACUUAUUGCGUAGCCUGGGAUUGCUUUGCACGGUGGCCGUUCCGAGCAAUCUCUCGCACCGCUACGUGGACGAGGCAACGAGUGGCAAUCGAACGGGGAACGACCAGCGAGAUCCCCGGCAUACUUAACUACGCCUCAGGAUACACUCCUAGUACGGGGAGUGAUAGUCUACUGCAGAUUCUUCACGAGAACAGGAGCGCACUCGCAACAAACCCUCUUGAUAAGGUCUUCGGUAUUCUGGGCCUGAUGGCUGACAUCACGCCAUAUGAACAUAUCAUAGACUACAGCGAGCAGACCCACAAGGUUUAUACCGCCAUCGCAUGCCAAAUAUUAUCGGAUACACAGUCACUCCGUCUUCUCUCUGCAGCAGGACUGGUCGAAGGUCCGGGAAGUAGCUAUGGUAUAGAACAAUUACCCUCUUGGGUACCAGACUGGUCAUACACCAAGCCCGACGUAACUUUUGGUCUGGGAAAAACUUUUAUGGAGCCCUUCAACGCCGGCGGUCGCUCUUUUACACUCCACGAAGGCCGUGGAAAACUGAGAGUUGAGGGGAUCAAAACUGCAGUGAUCACAAAGAUAGGCAACAUAGAUACAUCGAAUCGCGCGGAAGAACGUCUCUCAGAAAUGGUUGAAUCGUGGCAAGAGCUGUUUCGGGAUACAGAGAGUUCCUACAGCCGACCCAUGGUGUCGUCAUCUGGUCUCAACAUGGAAGUAUUUUGCGAAACCAUCACUGCAUGUCCACCGAAAACAGUCUUCACUACUUCUUAUUCCACAUAUGGUCCGAAAUGGCGACUGCAGGUCUCAGGGCUAAAACCCCAGGUGCAGAGGCGAAUACUCCGCGUUACUUACAAUCGGAACUUUUUCAUUGCCAGAAAAACCAAUUCUGCUUUCGAGGAACAUUUCGUCAUGGGAAUAGGGCCCGCGGCACUCCGAGAAGGAGACAUUGUUGCUGUACUUCUUGGCGGGCCAGUUCCAUAUGUCCUCCGAGCCUCGCCAGAUGACCAUGCAACGUAUCAACUUGUAGGAGAGUGCUACGUGCAUGGUAUCAUGAGUGGGGAGGCAUUACAUCACGUGAGAGAAGACGUUGAGGCGAAAGGCUGUAUGCUGCCACCGACCUCUGUUUCCAGAUGCUCCGGCCCGUUGGAGACGUUUGAUCUGGUCUAAAUGAUUGGGGUAUAUGGCUUUGGGCAAAUCAACUUGCAGCGAGAAUCUUUGAUUCGGGCACAG